CUUUAUAUACAGGAUCACGAAGCCAUUUUAUCGUUGCUGCAGGUGCAUCAGGAUACAAAAGUAUAUGUUUUUGUAGCUAUAGCUGCACUUUUACGACUCACAGCACCAUGGGACAGUGUGGUAUUACGUCGUCUAAAACCGUCCUGGUGUUUCUUAAUCUCAUAUUUUGGGCUGCAGCUGGGAUUUUGUGCUACAUUGGCGCCUAUGUUUUUAUCACAUAUGACGAUUAUGACCACUUCUUUGAAGAUGUGUACACUUUGAUUCCUGCUGUCAUAAUAAUAGCUGUUGGGACUCUCCUUUUCAUCAUUGGCUUGAUUGGCUGCUGUGCUACAAUACGUGAAAGCUCCUGUGGCCUUGCAACUUUUGCUGCCAUCCUCUUGCUUGUUUUUAUAACUGAGUGCGUGGUGGUGGUGCUUGGCUACAUUUACAGAGCAAAGGUCGAAGAUGAGGUGAAUCACUCCAUCCAGAAGGUUUACAAUGAAUACAAUGGCACAAACUCUGAUGCUCCAAGCCGUGCUAUUGACUAUGUGCAGAAGCAGCUCCACUGCUGUGGCAUUCACAACUACUCUGACUGGAGAAACACCCGCUGGUUUAAAGAAUCCAAAAACAACAGUGUUCCAGUCAGCUGUUGUCAGCCCAACAUCAGCAACUGUACUGGCACACUGACACGACCAGCAGAUCUUUUCCAAGAGGGUUGCGAGGCUCUUGUGGUGAAUAAGUUGAAGGAGAUCAUGAUGUAUGUCAUAUGGGCUGCACUAACGUUUGCAUCCAUACAGAUGCUCGGCAUGCUGUGCGCCUGUGUCGUGUUGUGCCGGAGGAGCCAUGACCCGGCUUAUGAACUGCUGGUCACAACCAACAGUUAUGCAUGAAGAGUGCUGGCAGCCAACAAAGUACUAAAAAACAAAACAA